UAAGAUAGCUUCGUAAUUAAGAUUAUAUUACAACAAUGAUGUGGUUUCUAUCAAGAAGACUCUCAAACCAUCUUAUCAAACCCACAAACCACGCCUUCUAUUGGUGCCUCAAAAGCUACAACUCAUGGGCUGCAGCCAUACGCAGCUCUUCUUCCUCACAUAAAGCUCUGCAUAUCUAUUCUCAAAUGCACCGGCAGUGUGUACCUUUCGACAGCUUCUCCAUUCUCUUUACUCUAAAAUCAUGUACCCAAUUGCAUAACCACGCAACCAUUCAACACCUCCAUUCCCAUAUCGUUAAACUCGGGUUUGAUUCUCACGUAUACGUGGCCACUGCCCUUCUCCAUGCUUACGUCGUCGUCUCGUUUGUGGAUGCAUGUAAACUGUUCGACGAAAUGCCUGAGAAGAGCACGGUCACCUGGAACACAAUGAUUUCUGGGUAUUCGAGGACCGGGAAUGUAGAGAGAGCAACACUGGUGUUUGAGGAAAUGCCAGUGAGAGAUGUUGCAUCAUGGUGUGCAAUGAUCGCAGCCUAUGUGAACAAUGGCAAACAUGAGCUUGGGUUAUCACUGUUUCGGGAUAUGGUAAUGGCUGAAGAAGGUGUGAAACCUGACCAAGUGACUGCAGUAGUGGUUUUAUCUGGCUGUGCUCACUUGGGCUCUGUUGGGUUGUUGGUGGGGAAGUCAGUUCAUGGGUUGAUGGUCAAGAAUCGGUGGGAGAUGAAUGCGGAGCUCGGUACAGUUUUGAUCAGCAUGUAUGCGAAAUGUGGGUUUUUAAAGGGAGCAGAACAGGUUUUUGAGUUGAUGCAAGAGAAGAAUGUGAUGGCUUGGACUGCAUUGAUUUGUGGAUCAGCACAACAUGGCUACAGCAAAGAAGCAUUGUGUUUGUUUGAGACAAUGCAUAAAGCUGGUGUAAGACCUAAUGAACUGACUUUUACAGGAGUUCUUAGUGCUUGUGUGAACACGGGACUAGUUGAUGAGGGUCGAAAAUAUUUCAACCUGAUUGAAGAAAGUGGCUUGGAGCUUAGGAUUCAGCAUUAUGGAUGCAUGGUCGAUUUGUAUGGCAAGGUGGGGCUGUUAGAGGAAGCGUAUGAUUUUAUUAAGAACAUGAAACUUGAACCCAAUAUUGCUGUCUGGGGAGCCUUUUUGUCGGCUUGUAAGGAGCAUAAGCAGUUUGAGAUGGCCGAAAGAGUAGUUGAGCAGGUCAUGAAGAUGGUGAAACCAGAAAAUGAUAGUGGGGUUUACUCUCUUAUUGCCGAUUUGUAUGUUUUGGGUGGGAAGUGGAAUGAUGCUGAAAGAGUGAGGAGUCUGAUGGUGAACCACAAGGUGAGGAAGGUCAGGGGCUCUAGUUUUAUUCAAGUGGAUGGUAGAUAAAACCAAUUUUAUAUGCCGCUCCCAACUUAUAAAGCUUACCUGAAUGAUUUAUCCUAGGCGAGAAAUUAUAUUGAGGCACCUCAGUGGCAGCAGGCCAGUAGCUUUAUCGAGAUCAGAAGCAUAUUGUGCAAAGGCUCUAAUUCUGUAAAUUGCAGAAGGCUGUUUACAAAAAGGAACAACACAUCUAUCAGAAUUACAACCUUAGUUGCUUCAAUUGUUAUAAGGUUUCGUUUUAAGUAGUUUUACAGAUUGUAAGGUGAAGACUAUCAAGAAUGAGGAGGAAGAGGUAUCGUCUUCUGACAUGGAUCACAUCAAAGCUGUAUCAAGUGCAAACCAAUGGUUUCUCUCCUCAAUGUAUGAUAGGAUUCAUCAUAGUGGCCGUCUUGUUUCACCCUCCCUUCUCCCAUAUCUCUACUACUAUAAAGUCAGGCCCUCUUUUGGUCAAAGGCUUCACCAAUUUUUGGAAGUGCCCAUAUUAUUCAUGGUGAAACAACAAUUGACUCAGAUGAAAAUAUCUACAAGAGUCAGUAUAGUAAAGUACAAAAAAAAAAAAUAAAGAAAAAAGAAUAAGGGGAAACGUUGGAGAAAAUCAAACUGCAGUACGGGAGCCAAGUUCAGAAGCGGUUUGGCUUCAACUGACGCAAUCACAUUCAUUUCAUAGAAAUAGCCAAUAGUGAAGACAGAAAGAGAAGUUGGCUGAUCGAACAAGAAAACGAAGAGACCAGGAAGUAGUACCAUUCUUCAUGGUGGUAUGGGGGAUAAGAUGCAUAUGUGAAUUAUUCUAUACGAGCACAAGAACGAAUAUAUGCUGCUAUAUACUUGAUUGGUAAUGUAUGGAGAACCCCUUAGAUGAGGAUGGCUGAAGCAUUAGCAGAUUCAAGGGUGAAUUACUAUCUGCCACAGAAUAGGCCUUGAAGAUCAAGUCUGUGCAUUUGAAGAUAUCUUAAUUUUUUUUAUGUUUCUGUAUAUUGUUCACAUAGAAGUAGAGUGAGUUAAUUUUUUUGUUCUUUUUCUUUUACUGGCACAACAUAACGAUAAUAUGACGACUAAUCAGCUUUUUGUAAGAGAUCAUGUUUUUCUGUAGUUAGCUUCUUAAUACAUCUUUGGUGUUCCAGAAUCAUUUGGCUUUUAAAGUCCACAAGCUCUAUGGAGUAUGGAAAGAUAUAAGCUUAUUCAAAUGAACAGCAGAGGUGUUGUUACCCUUUCAUCUUUUUUAAUUGGUUCUUUGGGUAUACUCUAUCUUUCAUUAAUGCAAGUACCUCCAAAAAGGUUUGUACUUAGUUUUACAUCUCUUUUUCAAAUGUAUAGCAUUGGCUAAUGUGUUGUUAGGAUGUUAUUAACUUUGUUUCAACAGAUUUGAAAUAGAUGAAUGCAGAGUGUAGGAAGUGGAGUGAGUGAGGAACAGGUCCGCCGGGGGGGGGGGGAGGGGAGAGAAGGGACAUUAUGCUGCAAUGGAAGAGGGCUGAAUGACAUAAGAAGAAGAAGAAAAGAAGUACUUUUCUGGUGAUAUGUAAAGAUAAGUAAUGGCAGUCAUCUUCAUUAUUGAAGCACGAGCUAUAUUAUAUUUGUUUGAUUGUUGUUCUUUACUUUUUAUUUUGGCUGUUUAUGAGGCAUAUAAAAGAGAGCAGUGAGGUUCAAACGGUUCCUUUUUAUGGGGAUGUUUGCCUUUCACAAUUUCAGUAAAAAAAGGGGAAGAGAUAGAUCAGAGAACAAACACAAGACUUGUGCUAUGGAGAGGCAAUGAAUCUCUUAAUUUGGUUGAAUGGUAUUGUACCUACUGUUAGCUGGUGAGUUUUGUUUCUGUCAAUAGUUCUGCAAAUUUCAGUUUUUUGUUGUUGUUGUUGUGUACGUGUGUGUCAUCUUUAUUUAUCUCUACUAUUGGUUCUGAGGUACUCAAAGGGUGAAUUACUAUCUGCCACAGAAUAGGCCUUGAAGAUCAAGUCUGUGCAUUUGAAGGUAUCUUAAUUUUUUUUAUGUUUCUGUAUAUUGUUCACAUAGAAGUAGAGUGAGUUAAUUUUUUUGUUCUUUUUCUUUUACUGGCUUUGUUCAUAACGAUAAUAUGACGACUAAUCAGCUUUUUGUAAGAGAUCAUGUUUUUCUGUAGUUAGCUUCUUAAUACAUCUUUGUUGCUGCAGAAUCAUUUGGCUUUCAAAGUCCACAAGCUCUAUGGAGUAUGGAAAGAUAUAAUUUGGUUUAAUUACAAAGGCUGUUUAUUACAAUUGGAGAUUUUGUAAUGCAUACUGCAACUUCAAAGUUUUGAUUUGUUCUCUUUGAUGUAGUUGACAAUGGUUGAUGAUUAGUUUUCCCGACUUUAUGGGAAAUCAAGUUUCAUGUGCCCAUGUGAAUUCGGUGCCUAUAAUAAUUCCUUUUCUACUAAAGCAUGAUAAAAGUUUAUAAGUUCCAGGUUUUCUUAAAUACUUUACUCUUACUACUAUAUUUUUUCUUAAUUGUCUGUUUAGGUUAUCUUUGACACAUUAGCUGCUAGCCUUUGCAGCCUUAAUCUACUUAGAAUCCGUGUGCAUAUUUGCCCAUGUUUGAAUUACUUAAGCUUCUUAUGGUUGCUGCUUAUUUUCUCAGGUUCAUGUGCUUCUUUCCAUUUUGGAUCUUUACUUGGGUUUCUAGAGCAUGUUUUUCAGUUGUAUUUGCACUUUGUUUUGUGCUCUUACUGUUUCAAUUUUAUGUUCAUUGUAAUUUGUCUUUCAUAAGAGGUAAGGUUGAUGUCCUCCUCUUCUAUUAUACUUUGUUUCCUCUAUAUAUUAAAAAAGAAAAUGGACGAAUGGUUGCCGGAUAUUAUUGGAGUGUGUCUGUGUGUGGAUACCAAGGCGAGAAUAUCAAUCAAGUCUAUAUUACUUGAGAGAAAGAUUAGCCAAGGAACAAUGAUGAACAACAAUACUAAAUUUGUAGGCUAGUUUUCAUAAUUGAAGGUUAUCUAAAUUUGUAUCAAUGUAAAGCUCCUUUUAU